CAAAGAUAUUUGUUUUGUUUUUCAAUUUCGAUCGUCCGUUAUUGUUUGAUUGAUUUAUAAGCCAGUAUAAAAAACAAAAAAAGCAUGUCAAGUAGAUACAGAGAUAGUGGAUGUCCCCCUGAUUGCAAGGUUUAUGUUGGAGAUUUAGGUAACAGUGGAACAAAGCAUGAAAUAGAAGAUGCUUUCAGCUAUUAUGGGCCUCUCCGAAAUGUUUGGGUUGCUAGGAAUCCACCUGGAUUUGCCUUUGUUGAGUUUGAGGAUUCUCGUGAUGCUAGGGAUGCAGUUAGAGGGUUGGAUGGAAAAUUACUUUGUGGCCGAAGAGUAAGAGUUGAACUAUCCACUGGACGUUCUCGAAGUUCUUUUAGAGGGCCGCCACCUCGCCCAUUUCAUCCAGAUGAUCGAUGUUAUGAUUGUGGGGAACGAGGACAUUAUGCAAGAGACUGUAAACGUGUUAGCAAGAGGAGCCGUCGAAGUAGAUCUCGGUCUCGAGGUCGUUCUGCUAGUAGAAGCCGUUCUCCAAGCCAUUCUGCAAGCCGGAGUCGCAGUAUCACUCGAAGUCGCACUAGGAGCCGAAGCAAGUCUCUGUCUAGAGGAAGAACAUGAUCUGGCUGUCAGUUCCCUUUCAUCAUAAUUUACAAUAUUUGGAAUAUUAUUAAGCAUUUAUUUUAAACUGUAGGCUAUUAUUUUUUGUUUUUAUACUCUAGACAUGAUAUAUUUUGUUUCAUCCAAGAAUUUUCACUUGCCACUUACAUGAAUUUCAUUAGUUUAUCAAUGAUAUAUUGACCUUGCCAUCAAGUUAUUUCAUAGUACAUGGUAUUUCAUAUAUAUAUAUUCAAGGUAUUUGUUGCAAUGUUUUCUUUUUAUCCUUUAUUAUCAGUUUUGUGUACUUUUAGCAUGUUUGUUAUGUAAUAAUUUAAGUGCCAAAGGCCUUUGAAACUUUUUUUGCCCUGACAUUACUUUCUCUAUUUACAUAAAAAAAAUAUCUUGAUGUACAUCUUUUAUUAAAACUACUGAAUUCUUUUCUAUGCUGCUUUGUUGUUCAACAACCCCUCCAAUAACUGCUUAUAAUAUUUCUUUUAAAUAAUGAAUAUUUUGCAUUAUAAGGGUAGCUGAAUCAAUUAAUAAAUAAAGUAACCUUAGUAAAUGGCAAUUCAGAUUCGAAUUUAAUUUUAAAUGUAACUCAAUUGAAAACAAAUAUUCGACUCUACACAUAUUAUAGAGAUGAUUGUAUUUUUCUCUGUAGAAAAUAUUCUAUUCUUAAUGUAAUCAGGGCUUCCCAGUCUAUCAAUGGAGUAAUUGAAUAUGUUGUAAAUAUUGUUUUUUCCUAUAAGGUGCACAAUGGAUUUAAAAACUGUAUGCAUUUUACUAAUAUAUAUAUUAUUACCUAUAUUCAUUACUGGUAUCUCUAUGAAUUAAUUGUUAUACAUUAAUUGUCUCGAUAAAGGAUUGCAUUAUUUUAAGAAUAAUAAUUUCUUAAACAAAUUAUUAGCAGUAAAAAAUAAUUUCUGAUAAUUUAAAUAAGCAUAUCCAGAAAGAGCCCUUUAUCUUUGAUAAAGAUAAAUGAAUAGUUGUAUUAUCAUUAAAUAUAACAAAAGGAAUCCUUAUUUAAUAAUUCAACUGAAAAACUGAUACAUAGUUAGGUUAUAUAUAUUAAAUAUAUAUUCAGUUAAAAAAUAUAGCUGAAAUUAAAAAAAAAAAAAUGCAUCUUUGGCAAUGAGGCAGGGCAAUAAUAUUCAAAUAUUUUUUGUUCUUUCUUUGCAUUAUUAUUCAAAAUAAUGAUUUUUUAAUUGAAAUUAUAGUUAUAUUUUUUAAAUAUAUAUUCAUUUCAAAUAAUAUUUUGUUUUGGGAGAGGGAGAAUUUGAAACCAUUACAAUCAAGGAGUUUCUAAAACUUUUGAGAAAAAUGUUUUGUGAAAGCUAAUUUCAUGAAAUAAUUGAGUUAUAAUUUAAGAAUUCAUUUUAACUCUUUGAUAUUGUUUGUUUACAUCAUAGAUAAACUUAUUUAACACCAUGCAUAAUUUUAAAAGUUUCUAUUUUCAGUGACCAAAGAAUAAAGGGCAUCUCAAGUUUCAUUUCUUAUAGGCCCAGUGAUUAUUUUUAGAAUGUUUUUUUUUUUUUUUUUUUUUUUUAUUUGUUGAUGUCCAUUUUAUAGCAUAUAAAUAUUUAAAAAUUUAUUUUUUGAUUAUUGUGACUUUCAUAAAGGCCAAACAAAUGUUGAUAUUAAUAAUCAAAAUUUUAUUUGUUCCAAUAUGCUUUCUUUGCUAUAUAUCAAUGACAAAAACAAUUUUAUAAUGUAUAUAGAUUUUUCUAACACUGCAAUAAUUUGUAAAUAUAUUCAUCAGUGAUUUUGGCACUUAAAAUCAUAGAAUUUUCAUCUUAACACAAUUGCAAUAAGUUGCUCAUCAAUUAUAUUAUGAUAAAUUUAUCAACACUUUUGGGUAAUGAAAAAGUCAGUGAUGCAAUCUUGCACUUUAACAAAUGCCUUUCCACCAGGAAAAAUAAAUUAUUCUGAUUUAACAAUUUUACAUACCCUAUAUGAUGGUCUUAAUAUGAAUAUUUUAAUAAGUUCAUUGUUUAAUUAUAAAGUCAACCUACUACUUAGUUUCAUAACCAAGUAUCAACAUCUAGUUGAUGGUUGUAAAGGCUUUUAUACUUGUUUUAAAUUUGUAAUGACUUUUCUUAAAAAUAUAUUAAUGUGACUAUUAUAUAAGUAUUUUUUUUUUUUUAAAUAUCAAAAUUUUGCAGGUAGGAGAUUGUAACAUCAGUUUUGUACAAUAACUGGAUUUAUUAGUUACGUGUUGAAACAAAAAUAAGAAAUUGCAUCUGCUGACUAAGUGUUAAAAUCGCCAAAUUUUAAAGAAUUGACAAUUUUUAAUGAAGCAAACGUUUAAAAUUAGUUGCUUUUUAUUACUCAUUAUGCCUUUUUUUAGAGAAUAUCUGCAUUUAAACAUAUCCAUUAAUUGAAACGUCUACCAUUUUAUUAACUUCCCUGUUUGUGAUCUUAGAUUCUUGAGAUUUAUAUUCUUUUUUCUUUUGCAUUU